AUGUUUAUAUAUUUCUGGUGUUCGGAGGUGGAUGUGUGUCUUCAGAAAUAUUUCCUGCUUUACGACGAAAUAAUAUCUGCUCAAGUAGAAAUUUAUACCAAUUAUUAUUGCAGUCUGUGAGAGUCGGUGGUAACCUUUUUGUCCAGGGAAAACACAAGCAAUCUUCAGCUUGUGGAUUCCCCAAGUAUUUACCUUGUGCUUCCUUUGGUCACCAAUCUCUCUCGCCCUCCCUCUUCGGACCCGACGCCCUUUCUUGGUCGCUCCCCAGAUUUCAUGUCGCUACUCGGUGCCUACAAACAGCUCUUCUAUCUCUCUCGUCCUUUCUCACUGAUGGGACGACGAUAUCAGCGUAUUCUAUUGCUACUACAGUCGAAAGGAAUUUCAGAGCUUCCUGAAAACAAAAUAAUUCCAUCAUCUUUGAAAAGAGACUAUUUUUAAAAAAGGACGUAACCAAAGCAAGCAAACAAAAUUGGUCCCCGCCUACUUAUUUGGCUGGCAAGGCAAGCAGUUCUAGAUCAAGCAGGCUAUGGGCGCAACACUGCUUCGAGUCGAGACCUUCGCAGAGACAAAUAGCAAACAAGCCAGAGUUUUGAUUAUCGCCAAGUCUUCGAUAUUGUGUCUGUAGACACCAGGAACUGUUUUUCUUCCAAUCUCUGUUGUUAUUAUUUUUAAAAAAUACAAAAGAAAAGAAAGAAAAACGACCCAAUUAUUUUCUGCUCGUCCUUGACAUUAAUCAACUUGUCUGAACGUCGAGGAUUUUGUUGUUCAUCAAAAAUAGUAUUGUAAAUCUUCCGAUCCUAAUAUCAAGGUCGACCUCUUCAAUACUCGAAAAACUGUUUACUUUGCAAGAAAUAAAAGAAAGAAAACAAAUCAUUCUAAGAACAUCAUUUCACUUCUUCCCAUUCAAGGCUGCGUUUAGGAUUCCAUUCUCUCUAUGAUAUUCCACGGUCAUAGGUUAGAUAACUCUGAAUAUCACAUGACCUGUGAGCCUCUACCAAGAUUAUAUAAGUGGCUCUAUCUUACAGUGUUUUGAACUAGUAUGACUUUGAUUGUUGGUUUAUAACAUACUAAAGAUCAUCACCAAAGAAUCCCUUUGCCAAGAUGCCAUUGUACGAGAGCGAAAGCAAUUUUUUCCUGUUUCCAAUAACUGAUAUCUCCGAUUCUGAAUCUGAUAAUGAAAACAGCAACGUUGUUCAAAGAAAGAUUGAAGAUGAUCGCCCAAAAGCUCUUAUGUCAUUACGACAGCGAAGGCUAUCGAAGGCUAAUGGCACCCUCAAUCUUAAUUAUUUGAAGGUGAAAGCUGCUCCUGAGAAAUAUCGAAGUAAAGCUCAACGCCACUGGUUCACUGCUUUUCAAAAGAUCAAGAACCUCACUGAUCCUUGGGCUAAAUUCCACCUGGAAGAUCUCAAAAUUGAGAAUGUUACAAGAUAUCGGUACAAUGCAUUGAAGAAAAGAUGGUCUGAUGAUGUUGUGCAAGUGAAAGUUGAUAGUAAGUCAUUCAACCGAGGUGCUAUGAGACAGUGUUUCCGACUGAAGAAGCUCUCCAAAUUUACUCAUCACGGUGACUGGAAACAUGCUCAGAACUAUGUUGCAAAGCGUUAUUUGGAAGAUGUUGACAGGAGUGUUUAUUUUGAAGAUGUCAAGCUGCAAAUGGAUGCUAAACUAUGGGGAGAGGAAUACAACAGACAUAAUCCACCAAAAAAAGUAGACAUCUUCCAGAUGUAUAUUCUUGAGUUUCAUGAACGUGAGGGAAACCCUCUCUAUCAUCUUGAGCAUUUCAUCGAAGGUGAUUACAUCAAAUAUAAUUCAAAUUCGGGAUAUGUUGUUGAAGACUUACGUUCCACCCCACAGGCUUUCAGUCAUUUUACAUUUGAGCGUUCUGGCCAUGAAAUGAUUGUGGUUGAUAUUCAGGGUGUUGGAGACCUUUAUACUGAUCCUCAAAUACAUACAGCUGAUGGCAGUGAAUAUGGUGAUGGCAAUUUGGGUACAAAAGGAAUGGCACUGUUUUUCCAUUCCCACUGCUGCAAUUCUAUCUGCAAAUCUCUGAAACUUUCACCAUUUGAUUUGUCAUCUGAGGAGAAAAGAAUUCAAGAUCUGCCUGUCCAUAUUAUGACUGAGUCUCCCAUGACUGUUGUUCGUGGUACUGAAGAGUCAGUAAUCUGUGGCUCACCUGCUGAAAUCCAUGAUUUCUUCAGUUCGGGCAUGCAUUCUCCUUUGAGCAGUAAUGGAGGGCAUUCUCCUUUCUUCAGCAAUGGAAGACAUUCUCCUUUGUCCAGCAAUGAAAGACAUUCUCCUAUGUCCAGCAAUGAAAGACAUUCUCCUUUGAACAGCAGCUUAAGUAACGAUGAUGAGCCAAUGUCUUUUGGUAGUCCAAUUCCAUGUUUCAGAGUUUCACGGAUGCGUUAUUUUAGUGAAUCUGAAAAUUCUAUGACAGAGGAGGAAGAAAGACUUGCUUUUAGUGAAAUUGCUGGUAGAAAUCAUCGUCCUUCAUGUGUAAAUGGUAAAAUAAGCCUUGAAAAAUGCAACAGUCAUUAUGAAGAAUCUUGGCACAUUCUUGGAAUGAUUCACCAUGAAAUUGCUAAAUACUAUGAACUGGGAAGAUUUAAGAAAGAUGCUAAUUCUCCAGUUGACUGGGAGUCUGCUAUGUAUCAUGAAGGACAUGCAGCACAAUUGGGCAAUCUGGACGCUAUUUCCUCUUUGGCCAGAAUCUACCUUGGUCUCCAGAGGGAUAUUUUAGUCGACUGUCCUAUGGGUGUUGACUUAGACAAAGGUGUUGAUUAUAUGAGCAAUGCUGCUGAAAGAGGAGAUCGUGAUGCUGUAUUGUACAUGGCAAAAGCUUACGAGACUGGAAAUAAUCUGGGAUCUUACAGGACCAGGUCAUGGGAAAAAGCAAUCGACUGGUAUGAUAAAGCCAUCCACAGUUUAAUGAAUGAUACUUCUGAAAUGUUUGAUUCUACAAUGCAUAGCCCUUUGCAUUUGUUACUUGCUGCACAAGCAAACAUCUACAACAUUGGAGGUUUUGGUGUUGAGAAAGACCCUCAGAAAGCAGGGGACUUAUACACUGAAGCAGCUGAUGCGGCAACAGAAGCAAUGAAUGGUAGAAUGGCUUGUCAUUAUUAUGCUUUGGCUGAAGAAGCUUGGAGCCAGUUGGAGGAGGAGGAGGAAGAGUAGAAAAUUAAAAAUACAAACUUCGAGUUUCUUUUUCUUUUUUUUUUUUAAUUCAUUUUCUUCCUAAUUUUGAAAAUAACUGCACCAAUAACAACAGGAAAGGAAUCAGAAAAAAGUAAACUGUUGACGUAACUGUAUAUUUUGUAAAAAAAAAGAAAAAAAGGCAUCUUUGCUGUUAUUCAGUUAUUUCAUUUAUAUUUGUUUUAUAUGUAGAUUUUUUACUUGAAUUUUCUUUAAAGUUUUUUACUAUUUUCAUUUUGUAAAUUUUCUUUUUUAAUUUUGUAAGAAGUAGCAGAAAAAGAAAAAAGAAAUGAUUGCAAUGAUCUCAAUAUGCAUUUCAAUCAUAUAUAUAUAUAUAUAUAUAUAUAUAUAUAUAUAUAUAUAUUACAACUUAAAUACUCUUGAAGUUUCAGCUUCAAUUGUACCCAAUUAAAUCAUAGUGUUCUACAGAUUUUUAAAACUUCUAUUUGUAUUUAUUUUUUAAAAUUAUUUUAUGGUUAUUUUUCAAUUCAUGUUCUGUUUCUCUAAUUAGGAAACCUCAGAGUACUGUAAGGGUGGAUGUCAAAAUAUAGAGUAAAACUAUUAAUAUGUAAUAAAUUUUUAAAUUGUAGAAAUUGUUUCAUGAGUCAUAUAUACAGUGUUUACCAUAAUAAAAUGAUAAUUGUCAGAACUGACUUUUAAAGCUAUAGUAGGGAUAGUGACCAAUCUGUAGAAAGGAUAAAAAUAUUUUUUGCAAUGGAGUAGCUGUGUGUUACUAAAAAUGUUAAUGGGAACACUGUUACAAAAAUAUUUUCCUUAUUUUUUAGUUUCUUUUCUUUCUCUUGACCAAUUAGUUGUAUUUUAUUUUUAGAUUAUUGAUGAGUUCAUUAGCUACUUUUUUUUCUUUUUUUAUUGAAAUGUGGAAUUUGUAAAUUUCUAUCUUGUCUUUUAUUGUUUUACGUACAUUAUUUUGGGCACUCGAUUAACAUCAACCUGAAAGGAAAUCAUCUGGUUUUAUGCCAACAAGAAUUGCUUUGUUAAAUAUACCAUCCUAAUUUCCUAAAAAUUACUUAGUGACACAGUCUACAGUUCACAAUUAAAGUUGGAAGUAAACAGUUAAUAUUGCACUGAAAAAUCGAAAUUUUAAGAGGCUUAAAACAAUGGCUGGUGAAAAUUCAGAUUAUUUUCAGAAAUAGAAUGGGGUUUGCUUAUAUAAGUAAGGGUUGGUUUAAACUUUUAGAAUUGGUAUAUUGUAUUAGGGAUAUAAUAUACCAUCUUCAUUGUGAAAUUCUGCUUCCCUUUGCAUUGUUUUCAUGUAUAAUAAAUGUUUGUUACUGUAUAUCAGUAAAAAAAAAAAAAAUGGUCAUAAUAAUUAAAUUUAUGGCAGCAUUCAGGAGGGCAAAUUUAGUCUCACACACAUUUCAGUCUGUUAAAGAUAUCUAUCUGUCUGUCUGUCUCUCUGUAUAUUUGUACAUAUAUAUAUAUUGUUAUAUUUGUGGAUGUUCAUCUUUUGCCAAUAAAACACCUGCAUUAUAUAUUUGAUCUUCACUUUAACUUUAUUAUCAUUAUUAUUAGUUUCUUUCAUCAUAUGUGGUCAAGUAUAUAGUGUUUUUAUUGGGAAAAGAUGACUAUCCCCAAACAUAACAAUAUUUCUUUCAAUACACAAUUUCACAUUAAGAAUCUUGCAAAGUUAAUAAUAAACGUGUGUGUGAAAAAAACUAAAAAUAUAUCAGCUAUAUAACUAUAUGUAGGUUACAGGCUUUAAUUAGGCUUUUUCUUUUUCAUUUUGGUUGAGCUUUAGUAAAUACAAUGUUCAAUCUGUCCUUCUUCUUGUAUUAUAAUUAGAAAGCAUUGAAAGGCAGAGUUAAUGGACAACUUGCCAGAAGAGUUGUGGGUCAUGACCUUUCACCUGUGUUGCGUUCAUAACCAACAUACAAUUAACACUUGAUGACCAAAUUCAUCUAAUGCUAAGUGGGUAUGUAGGUAAAUGUAGUUCACUGCUAUAAUAGGCUGCAAUACUGCCGCCUUGGCUUGCUCUACUCAUUUCAAGUUCUGCUAGGUUCUUCUCUCAUAUAUAUUCAACUGAUUGUCUUCCAGAAGGAAAUGUGUUUCCAUUGCAUGGCGUUCAGUUUUGAACACCUCAGCAUCUCUUCCUGCGCAUUACUAUCGCUUCAUACCUAAUAAAAGAUUCUUAUUGACAUUAGAAUAAUAUUAAUCACUGAAAUAAUGUUUUUUUUUUUUUUUUCCUCACUACAUUUUGAUGGCAUUCAUUUGAUUUCUAAUUUACAGUUCCCUACUACUAUUUUUUUGUUUGUUAUGGUUUUGUUGUUCUUUAAUUAUGGUAAUUAUGAUAAUUCUCAUUAAAUAUGUAGAUACUCAGUCUCUAUUGAUAUGAAACAGUUAAGAAAAAAAAGUAUAAAGAAAGAUAUUUUGUUCAGAUUAAGGUGUCUUUUUGCUUUUUUUAAAAUCUUUUUUUCUUAACUUCAAAUGCUAGCAGAGAGGUGAAAUUGCUAAGUAGAUAAAGUAUUGGAUUACUUCCCUAUAGUUUGUGAGUUAAAAUCUGCUGCAAAUCUUUCAUAGUGUUUGGGACAAGACACCUUAUUCUACACUGCUUCAGUUCACCUAGCUGUUGGGUAAUCAGGGAAAGUCAUACAAAACAAAAUAUUUUGUCUAGAGUAUGGGUAAAGAUUUGUCAAAUCCAGUUAGCACUACAGUAACUAGAAUUUAUUACUAUCUGUAUGAUUUCCCAGUGUUAUGUGAUAAAAUGUUUUUAGUUUUACUAUCUUCACAGUAAGUGAAAUGGUAGGGUCAUUAGAACAUUGCCUUCUGGUAUUUAUUAUAACUCUCUGUUGACUUCAAAUCUAUCUGUCAACUUUGCUCUUUGUACUUUUAGUAUUAAUAAAGUACCAGUCCAGGUUAGUGGAUUGACAGACUGGUUAGUGUCAACUAACAGAUAGUAUCAACAAUGUAAAGAAAGACCAAUGGAGAUGUAGCUUCCUUGGUUCAGUUGGAAAAUCACCUGUUUACCUUCACAGCACAUUUAUUUAUACAUUAUUUUGUAAAUUUUGAGAAUUUAAUAUUUUGAGUUGGGUAUGUGUCAUACAAUUGUAUGAUGGGGAUAUUUUACUGCUCCCUCUAUCACGAGUGAAGAAUUAUAAGUGGGGAUAGGUCUUUGGAGGGUGGGAGGUGGAUUAUUUCCUCAGCACUUUGAACAAUUUUUAAUUUUGUGCUAAUGUGUGUAAGUACACAAGUUGAUAGAUUCACAUUGCAAAUGAAAGGGUUACAGGUUAUAUCACAUUACUAGUGAGCUGCAAUUUCUAUAACCUAAUACACUUAAGUUUCAAAUAUGCCAUACUCAUUGUGUGUGUGUGUGUGUAUACACACACACAAAAUGUACAGUUACAGUAUACUCUGUAAACACUGUACACUGUAUGGGAAUGACCUGUUGGAAAUGGAAUGGGUUCUGUCAAGUUGGCUUGCUUUAGAUGCACUGCUCAAAAGAUUAGUGGUUUUGUAGUGGCUGUAUGAACCAAGUUAUGGCUCAUACAUAACCACACGUACACAUGCAUACAAAUAUAUACAGGCAGCCUUCCUCUACAUUAUAGAAGUGUCGUGUUCCUGGAAAUCUCACUAAUUUGGUGUUCUGUAACAUGAAACCUAUUUUGCCAUAGACUUCCAUGUUACUCUGAAAGCAAAGUCAUUUGAAAAUUUAUUUCAUGCUAACAGCAAAAUAUUGGAGUACGCACUUCUAUAAUGCAGGGGAUGUUUGUAUUUAUUAUUACCUGAGGAUCUUUGCUAAUGUUUUUACCAUUGAUGUUAAAAAUUUUGCCAUUGUUAUUCUCAUUGAGAUUGUCGGGGGUAUUUUGCAAUUUAUUUAUUUACAGUUUAUUUUAAAAACUUAUUGGCCAAACAUCUGAAUAUUUUUUACUUUUCUAUUUUGUUUUAUGGUUACCACUUUAAUUUUUCAAACCAUUUGUACUUUAUUACCAUUUCUGGUUCUUUUCUAAUUUUACUUUUUACAUAUACAUACAUACAUUUUAUUUUCAUCUACAUUUUUAUUUCUUUUUUCAAAUUUUUCAAUCUGUUUUUUUAAGUGUUUAAUAUUUUCUACACUUAUUGAUCUCUUGAACUUUUUUUCUCUCAUAUUCAGCUCAGUGUGAAUAAACCAGAUAUCAUAUUUUUGAGAUUAAAAUACAAAUCUUUUAUUUCUUUUUGCUUUUGUGUUUUUCCUUUCAUAGCUUUUCUCCUUCUUUAUAUUUUGAGUGUAUAAUUUUUAUUAAUGGCCAAAGUGUUACUUUGUCCGACAACAUGACUAAAACAUGGAAACCAGACCUAUGUGGGGCUGAAGUUUUUAAAUUACCAAUGUUAAAAUUUAAUUUUUUUUCUUUCAUUAUUGCUACUAAUUUCUUAUUCAUUUGUAAACUGAAAUUAACUAAAUAAUUGCAUGCAUCUUUGUAAUAUAUUGAUUCAAAUUUUUUUUUAAUGUUUAUUAUUGCACUGUUGACAAUUCUGUCAGCAAAUUUAAAUUCAGAAGAGUUAAUACACUCAUAGGCUUCUUUUGUUCAUUUCCCUUUUCUUCCACAAUAAACGGUUAAUAUGUAAAUGGUUAACUAUCAGUUUAAAUUUCAAUAGUGAAAUGACUUGAGAGGAGUAAGAUACUUGGCUUGUGAUUUGUGACUUCAGACUUACAAUUGGCAACAGCAAGCAUUUUGAUGAUGAACAUGACACACCACUAGUAUUAUUGAAUCACAUUUAUUCACAGACUUACUCAGUAAAUCGAAAAUAAAGGUACACAAUGCAUCCUCAUGGUGGUGGUGGUAGAAGCUGAUGAGUUUAAAUAUUCUUUUACUUUAUUACUAGUUUCAGUUUUUCAGCCAUAUGCUUAUUUUAUUGAAUUGCUGAGUUACCUUUUGACAUAAAGGGUUGCAACACCAUCAACACACACACAUACAUGUAUUGGGCUUCCACAUAGUUUCUAUAUAGUAAGAUCCACUCACAGGGCAAUGAUCAACCGCACAGGUUGCAGUAAAGACAUUUCUUAAAGUAUUAACACAAUGCACAGUGAACCAAAGGGCCGUAUCUUUACCUACAAGUAGAGAUUUAUUACAAAUCUUUUCUGUAACGAUGUCUCAUUUAGGUGUUUGGUUGAAGAAAAUCAAAAUUAUCAUGCUUGAAUACUUUCUUGGUUUCCAGUGAAUUCAAGAAUAAAGCAACGUUUUUCUGCUACAAUCUAUAAAUAACCAUCAAAACAGCUUAAAAAUUCAAAACUAAUAAAUUACUUCAACACAAGGACCUAAGUUGGACUUCAUGUGGUGUUCUACUGUUCAUGCUGUUUCUAAUUGCCUUAAUGAAGUCACCUGCUCAUUAUUUGCUCUAAUCUGCUCACCUUGUAAUUAUGAACAAUAGUGCAUAUUUUUAUAUUCCUUUGUAUAUUAUUGUGUGUGCAUGUACAUGAAUGGAUGGUUAUAUGUGCGUAUAUAUAUAUGGUUAUGAGUGAAAAAGAAAAUUAAAGAUGUAUGUUGAAUUAGUCAUUUGUUGGUUCAGUUUUUGUAAUAAUAUAAUCAAACUCAAAUACUACUAUUGUGAUAUAUUCUUUGUAGUUAAAGAGUUACCAAGUUAUUUUAGAAAAUGUUAUUUUGUCCUCACACUUUUUUUUACUGUUAACAUCAUAUAUCAUAGGAUGGGUGGCACAAUUGAUUAUUUUCAUCAAAAAAGAAUAUUUUUUGUUUUCCUUUGCUGUUACAACUUUGCUGCUGUGCUACAAGUGUUCAGUGUUAAAGUUUUGCUAUACUACAGGGCUAUCAUAGCCAUUUUAUAUACUUCAUACCAAUCAUGAAAAAUUGCCCCCUCCCACACCAAAUUGUUUUAAGAUACCCAGCAGUAUGUUGUUCCAUAUUAUGUCUUCAAAUUUCUGCUGGGGUCAAUAUAAUAAGUACCAGUUGAACACUAGUGUCGAUGUAACUGACUUACUCCCUCUCCCUAAAUUGCUGACCUUGGGCCAAAAUUUAAAAUCCAUAUGUCUUCAAAUAAUCAAAUAUGCUGUCUGUCCUAUGAUAUAUUUUUUGCAUUGAACUUUGAUCUUGAGUUGCUUUUAAGUUUAAUGUCCUUUUUUUUUCUUUGCCAAUAUUUGAAUUAAUGUUUUUGGAUUAUAUUUUAAUUUUUUUAAUUAAUAAAAUACCUUAUUUUCAUUUUUGAACAUUCUGUACCUUUCUAAAUAAAGUGUAUGAACUAAUA